GUCCUUCGAUGAGGACCGUAGUUAAAGAAUGAAAGUGGGAAGUAGGUAGCAGGUUGGUUGGUUGCGCCACCGACGCCCCGUCGCAAUACCAUUGAUGUUCUAGUCCUAUUAAAUAAGAAAAUCCAGACGAUCCAUCGCGCAAGCGAGAAAUUCGAGCCGCCCAUUCCAGCCCUAACUUAUCCUGCUAGGCUGCUACCCUCCAAUCGGGGGUUUCUCCCCUCAGAUCCCUCCCCAGAUAAGUAACGCUCAGCACACAUCAUCAUCUUUGCUCCCCCUCCUCGUCCUCCUCCUCCUCGUCUUGUUUAAAAAUAAAAAAAAUUACCGAAUAUUAAUUCCAAGUACGGCUACGGGCCACGAGAGGAGAGAUAUAGGACGAUCGAUGGUUCACCCUGUAGCAGAGGCGGACGAGCGGAGCCCGUUCGGGCGGCUGAGCGCUCCGGAGUUCUACGCGCGCCACUCCAUCUCCCACUCCUCAUCCUCCUUCGUGAAUCCCCGCGGCCUCCGGAUAUUCACCCAGCGCUGGGCCCCCCUCCCCCCGGCCGAGAUCAUGGGCACCAUCGGCGUCAUCCACGGCUUCACGGGGGAGUCCAGCUGGAUGGUCCAGCUCACGGCGGUGCACUUCGCCAAGGCCGGCUUCGCCGUGGGCGCCCUCGACCACCAGGGCCACGGCUUCUCCGACGGCCUCACCAACCACAUCCCCGACAUCGAGCCCGUCGUCGACGACUGCGUGGCCUUCUUCGACUCCUUCCGCUCCGACUACCCGCCCUCGCUGCCCUGCUUCCUCUACGCCGAGUCGCUCGGGGGCGCGAUCGCGAUGCUCAUCCACCUGCGGGGGACGGGGAGGGGCUGGGACGGCGCGGUGCUCAACGGCGCCAUGUGCGGCAUCAGCCCCAAGUUCAAGCCGCCUUGGCCCCUGGAGCACCUGCUGUGGCUGGCCGCCGCCGUCGCCCCCACGUGGCAAGUGGCCUUCACCCGGGGCUCCAUCCCGGACCUCUCCUUCAAGGUGGAGUGGAAGCGCAAGCUGGCGCUGUCCAGCCCCCGCCGGACCGUCGCCAGGCCUCGCGCCGCCACGGCGCUGGAGCUGCUCCGCGUGUGCCGCGAGGUGCAGGCCAAGUUCGAGCAGGUCACGCUGCCGCUUCUGAUCGUGCACGGCGGCGACGACGUCGUCUGCGAUCCCGCCUGUGUCGAGGACCUCUUCCGCCGCGCCUCCAGCAAGGACAAAACCCUCCGGAUCUACCCAGGCAUGUGGCAUCAGCUCAUCGGGGAGCCCGACGACAACGUCGAACUUGUGUUUGGCGAGAUCCUUCAUUGGCUCAGGCUUCGGGCCCGAGGCCGUACACAUCUCGUUCACUAGCAGACGCUACAAUCCGCUAUCCGAUCGCAUGCAUGGAUGCAUCAUAGGCUUUCGGUUUAGGAGCUCUAUCGAAUUUCUGGUCUCCCUUUCUCUAGACCUUUCUUCUUCUUUUUUUUUUUCUUUUUUUUUUUUUUUUACGACUUUCCGUGUCCGCCCUACUUCUUCCGUCUUUCUAGUAGAUCCACUAUUGAGCUACACAUCUAUGAAAAGCUUAGUAAUAGUAGUUCUCUUAAUUUCGUUCC